GAGUCCAGAAGAAGAAGGAGACACUAUGAACGAAGUGGAUUAUUUACAACAACAUGAACCUGACAAUCCGCAGUUAGACGUAAAACAGGAGGCUGAACCUUUGGGCGUUUAUCAUCUGCAGGAGAACAGUAGAAACCAAACUGCUGGCUUAUUGAUCCCAUCAGCUGCUCCACAUCCUGCCAGACCGCUCAGCAUGGAGGACCCCGCCUUCAGGCAGCGCCUGCAGGACCUCGCCGAUGAGUUUGGAGCGUCGCCCAGGAGCUCGCUGAUUUCCGAGGAGAAGUACAACUCCAUCAUCCAGCACCUGCAGCAUCCGCACGACAAGGUGGAUCCGCACUUCAAGCACUGGGUGAAGAAGAGGAGGUUUCAGCUCAUGGAUCUGCCGGGACUCGGACUCGGCCAGGUUCUUGUCCUGCCCAAUGACAACAAGAAUAAGGAUGACAGUGACUCUCAGUAUCUUCACGUCCUUCACUCCGGCAACGUUGUCGACGUCGUCCACAACAUCCACGCCCAGGAGCUGAAGCACAGCGGCUACAAGAAGGUCCUGGAGUUCGCUCAGCGCCAGUACUUCGGAGUCUUCCGCAGUCUGGUCCAGGAAUACUGCAACAACUGCCCCACCUGCCAGCUGAAGCAGCCUCCGGUCAGCAGGCUCCCCCUCCCCCUCCCCCUCUGGCCCGUCGUGGAGGACGACGACUUCCUGGACCGGGUGCAGGUGGACCUGAUCGACAUGCGCCACUGUCCGGACGGAGAGUACAACUACAUCGCCCACUUCAUGGACCACUUCUCCGGGUUCUCCGUCCUGUUCCCCCUGAAGCAGAGGUCGGCUCUGGAGGUGGCCCGGAUGGUGGAGGAGCGCGUCCUCGCCUACCUCGGCCCGCCCAGGAUAUUCCACAGCGACAGCGGCAGGGAGUUCGUCGACCGGGUCAUCGGGGCUCUGUUGGACUCCUGGGGAGGCGGAGUCUCCUUCAUCAGCGGCAGACCGGGACACUGUCACUCCCAGGACCUUGUCGAAUGUGGGAACCGGGUCGUGGAAGAGAAACUCGCGGCGUUGAAAGCCGACAGUGACGCCAGCGGCGACCGUUUCCCCUGGGCGUCAUGGCUCCCCAGGAUCAUGUUCGCCAUGAACAGCCAGCGACGCGACGCCGUCAAGGAUUCGCCCUACAGGGUGGCCUUCGGCAGGAACCCGCCGUCUGGCGUCUUCCCUCGAGAGGGAGCGGGAGCGGCGGCCUGCGUUGAUGAAGAGGACAUGGAGAACAAGCCGGCGUCCGAUCAGCCAACGCAGCCAUCUACACCUUCAUCACCACUGUCUCCGACACCCACAUCCCCUCUUUCGCCUUCACAGUCUGAUCACUGCAAGUCUCCAUCAGUUCCGUCGCCGACGAGACACAGAAGCCUCAGGAAGCGGGUUCUGGACGACUCCUGCCAGACGGAAGACGGCUACAACCAACAUGUGGUGGUUAAAGAAGAGGCUCCAUGGAUCCUCGGUCAAGACCAGCAGGACCUGCACAUAAAGGAGGAACCAGAAGAUCUCCACAUCAAUCAGGAGGAAGAACAAGAGAAUCCGGAGGAAGAGGAGGGUGAGGAGGAGUUCAGCAGGAUUUCAGUCUUUCGUGUUGUCGUGAAGAGUGAAGAUGAGGAAGAGGAGAAGACUGAGUCUCCAACCAGCAGCUCGGCUGCUCAGAGGGAAACUGGAGGAGCUGCAGAGGACUGCAGAGGAUCCGGGAACACAGAUCCUCAGAGACAUUUGCCAGUAAACACUGACAGGAAGGACGCAGCCUCCUCUGAGACGGACGAUGACGAUGAAUGGCGCCGGCCUUCGUCAGAAUCCGGCGCCGAGACUAGAACCGGCGGUCGGGUCCACUCGGGUGAGAAGCCCUUCGUCUGUGACUUCUGCGGUAAAGGCUUCAGCAUCCCGGGAGACCUGAAGAGGCACACCAGGGUUCACACAGGUGAGAAGCCCUUCAGCUGCGACGUCUGCGGCAAGAGCUUCCAGCACCAGUGGAACCUGAAAACACACACCCGGGUUCACACGGGCGAGAAGCCGUUCGACUGCGGUUUCUGCGGGAAGAGCUUCACGCAGCGGGUGGAUCUGAAGAGACACAUGAGGGUCCACACGGGCGAGAAGCCCUUCGUCUGCGACUUCUGCGGCCUGAAGUUCACCGGGCAGGGGGACCUGAAGAGGCACAUCCGGAUCCACACGGGCGAGAAGCCCUUCAGCUGCGACGUCUGCGGCACCAGCUUCAGGCACCAGUGCAACCUGAAGACGCACAUGAGGGUGCACACGGGCGAGAAGCCGUUCGACUGCGCCUUCUGCGGAAAGAGCUUCACCCGGCAGGUCGACCUGAGGAGACACCUGAGGGUCCACACGGGGGUGAAACCGCCCGGCGGGAGGGAGAAACCGUCUGACGGGGGCGGGAAACAACCUGUCAGCAAGGCGAAUGACACAGAGGACAUGGACGUACAGAGAAACCCAAACCCCUGACACUGUCAGCCUCCUCUAAUCUAUUUUUAGUGCCUGCACUGCAAUGAGAAUCCGCCAUGAAGCAAUAACUCUACUCACUGUAAUGUUAAUUUAAUUAUUGAUGUGUCUUUCUGUGGAUAAUGUAUUAAAAUGAUGUGUAAAGUG